AUGUUCGUUCUGCGGCAAAUAUUCUCAGGACAGCGAAAUACUUCUCCACGUCCUCAACUCAUACAAGCAACCAUAAAUGCAAAGGACACGAUAAAUUAUGGAACAAAAGUUGUCGGGGGAGUCUCUCCAGACAAAGGUGGCCAGACACACCUCGGCCUCCCAGUCUUCAGCACCGUCAAAGAGGCGAUGAAGGAGGUCAACCCAGACGUCAGCGCCGUCUUUGUCCCCGCGAAAUUCGCAGCCGCAGCCAUUCUCGAGGCCAUUGAGGCAGAGGUUCCUCUCGUUGUCUCUGUAGCAGAACAUGUACCUGUUCACGAUAUGCUUCGGGUUCAUGAGGUCCUGAGAACACAGUCCAAGACCCGACUGGUAGGUCCCAAUUGUCCAGGCAUCAUCGCCCCGAACCAGUGUCGCGUAGGUAUAAUGCCCUACAAGCAGUAUACUCGCGGCUGUGUUGGUAUAGUGUCCAAGUCAGGUACUUUGAGCUACGAGGCUGUUGGGUCUACUUCACGAGUUGGCUUGGGACAGAGUCUCGUUGUAGGAAUGGGAGGCGAUAUGUUACCAGGCACGACCCUGGCAGAUGGACUCAAGCUCUUCUUCAACCAUGAUGAAACCAAGGGAAUCAUUGUCAUUGGAGAAAUUGGGGGCGAGGCAGAGCUCGAAGCCGCGGAGCUCAUUAGAGAACAUCGCCGCACGUCCCCAAGACCCAAGCCUGUCAUAGCGAUGGUAGCAGGGCGCACGGCGCCUGAAGGAAAGGCCAUGGGACAUGCUGGUGCGAUCUGGAGAGAUGGAGAUGCUACUGCAGAGGCCAAGACUAAAGCUCUCGAAGAUGCAGGAGCUAUCAUAGUGCCGCACCCUGGAGUCAUGGGCGAAAGGAUGAAGGAGUUGCUUGGGACGCAAGGUGUUGCUUCAUUCGAUGAGCUUCAGCGAUAA